CAAAUGUUUGUUGGGUUAAAAGUUCCACAAAAUGAAUUUCAUCAUAAUUUCACUUGUAAUCACCACUUUACUAUUUCAAUACAAUCAAGCCACUGAAAUAAGAACGAGUUCAUACGAUUUGCUGAUUAAAGCCAAUAUAACUCAUAAGGAAUCUAACAAUACUUGGUACUUGGCUGAAACAGUUUAUUUCAAGCCCUUAAUUCAUGGAGUAGUCAGGAUACAAAAGGGUGACAUCGAGAUGCAAGUUCAUUACAUUCUCAACAUUUCAAAAAGAGUCGUUAUUCUCGAUAAUCGUGCCAUGGAAAUGGAAAGUAUUCGCAAUUUCACUUGGGAUGGAGUACAGUUACCUGUACCAACAAUCAGAUUGAUCAAUAAACUGUUAAUGUUGGGUCCGGCUUAUUACUAUUCAUUGCUUGAUGCUUACAACUAUCAAGAGAAUGAAAACGAAAGAUCGUUGAAAUAUCGGAGUAAUAAUGAUGGUCAGUCAUUAUUUUGGGUCUACAAAUUCACAGCAAGUCUUACUCCUUGGGUUAUCAUAGGUGAAUUGGAUAACAUAACUAUUUAUAAUUCCUACAAUAGUCCUUUGAUUACCGUUAAAAUUGUCAAAGUUAUUGCUCUUGGUAGUGAAGUAAUAGCAGGUGGGCAGCAUUUUUAUGCUAGAUUCAAUGAAACUCUAACUGAUCACAUAAAUCAGUCGACAGUUGAUUUUCAGUUUGAUGCAGCUAAAAUGUAUCUAAUUUCAUGGAUCAAAUCCAAAAGAGCAGGAAUUGAAUAUGAACAAGUAGAUGACUUGAGAUCUGGUUUAAGAUUUACUUCAACAGCCGAUGGCUGUACAAUUCAAUCAAGCAAUCAGAAUGAAUCAUUCAAUUUUGCAAGCUCAAGCUUUCACAAGUUUUUCGGAAAAGCCUGGAUUUUUUAUUACACAAAAGAAAUUUUAUUCCCAAUCAAAUAUCAACACAGGGACAAGAUAAUCAUGGAUAAAAUGGAGUUAAACAAACAAAUUGGAAACUUUUCGCACGAUUUAGUGAUCACAACUCUUAGAGUGGCUAGAAUGCCCGGAAAUAUCUCAUCAGACGUGAUCUUACAAAAUCUCCAAAUUGAGCGUAAAUUUUAUAACAAGGAAAAUAAAUCUUCAUUGGAAUAUCGAUUGGUAAAAACUUUAAAAAUAUUCUUUUCUGGUUACACCAAAUUGAAUUAUGAGCCUGAACAUCAAGUUUACACUCUCAAUAACAAGUGUUUUCAAGAUGCAAAAAUGGAUGUUUUAAAACUUCGAUUAUCACCUUCAAAAAAUCUUUCUCCAAUCGAAACCUAUUCUUUGAUCAAUGAACUCGAUGAACUUAGUGAAAAUCUUAAGAUUUUAUUAUAUACCAAGCUUGGAAUGUUUUAUCUGAGGAUAAAAUCGGUUAGAUUUCAGUUUCAUGCCACUCAUCUAAUAGCCUCAGUCGAAAUUAUCGAAAGAUUUAAUUUCGUAGAUUUAUUAAGAAAAAGUUAUCGAAAGCUGGAUCUAUCUGGGUUCGUGACUGAUGUUUCAUCAGAUACUGAAAAUUGCUUGAAACUUGAAGCCAUGAAAAGCAAUGUCAGUAAAAUUAUCAGCUGUAAUGACAUUAGCCAUGGAUGCAUUGGAAUAACUCUUGACAAACCUUUGCCUGAGGAAAAUGAAAAUGGCUCGAACUGUGUUUUAUAUGACAAUUUGGAUAAAGCAUUGUAUAAACUUGUUCAAGAGCCAACACUAAAAGAAUUGAAAAUGUCAUACAAACAUCUGAAUGAAACGACGCUUUCCAUUGCGAAACUGAGCUUUAACUUGCAUGUGAUUGAUUCAUCGCAAAAUGAUAGCCAACUGCCAAUUGAUUCUUAUUCUUUUAACGAGAAAGUUUAUUGUGAAAAUUAUUUUGGAAACUAUAUAUUUUUUAUACUAAUUUUCGUCAUCAUUUGUAUAAUCAUUGGAUUCGUUGCAAUUUUAUGUAAAUCAUACCGACGAUCCGUUCGAAUCAGCUCAUCUCCGUCAAUUUCCCUGGCAGUUAUGAAAGAUUCACAAGAUUUUUUGAUGGAAAGAUGAUAACAUUAUCAAUAUCGAUUGGCAACUUAAAAUACUUAUUCAAAUCUCGAGACUUUGUGAAUAAAAUGAAGAGUCUUCGGAUCGUUAACAAAUUCAACAGAAAUUAUAAAAAAUUUUAUUUUGAUUUUCACGUUUAACCUAAAAAUGUUAUAAAUUCAAAUUAAUAUUUGUCCAUAAUUUUUUAAACAGAAAUUAAAUUGCACAGAAUGUCAAAUGUCAAUUAUUUUUUACACAAAAAAAUACUUAAUAAAAAAUGACGGUUAGUAACUGC